AUGCAAGGAACUGUAACCGGACCACAUUUCUUUAAUUUAUUUAUUAAUGAUUUGGAGAUUAAAAACUGUUCCAACACCCCCCUUGUUAAAUUCGCGGAUGAUUCCUCACUUUUGGUACCGAUUUUGAAGAAUACCCAAGAUUGUAGUUCUAAAGCCAUAGAUGAAGUUAAGGACUUGUCCGAAUCAUACUCUUUACCUUUAAAUGAGGGUAAAUGUAAAGAAAUGAUUAUAUUAAAGAAAGGACGAUCAGAGGAUUGUGUAUCACCACUUUAUGGUUUUGAACGGCAUUCUAGUCUUGAAAUACUGGGGCUAACCUUUGAAAUGACAAGCAGAUUUGAGAAAUGUGUUAAGCAAAAGUUGGUGAAAGCAAAUAAAUGCUUGUUUGUAAUUCGAAAACUGAGGAAUGAAGGAUAUAGUCAAGACGAAUUAGAUCUUCUUUUUAGGUCACUGGUCCUGUCACAACUUACCUAUGGCUUAUCAGUAAUUGCUGCAUCACCACCGGAGUUAACAACUAUUCAAAACUUCUUAACUCGUUGUUAUAAAAGAAGAUACACAAUAUACUGUUAG